UACGUUGGGACGAUGUCGAAAUCAAUAACGCAUUUGGUGUGUUGGAAGUUUGAAGGAAAGAAAUAUGAUAUUGCCCGAAAGCUUAGAAUACAUAUAGUCAACCACCGUUGGAUUGAAGACUGUAUAAAGGAAGGAAGGCGUGUCCCAGAAGAUUCUUAUAUCUUGCAAAGUGGAUAUGAAGUAGGGCCAUUGUUAAUAGAAGUUCCAUUCACUGUCCAAGCAAGUAGCUUGUCCAAGAAUAAAGUGGUCAGUGGCAGGUUCUGUGAUAUUGGGCCUGAAAGGCAAAAUACUGACUUCAGUGCUGGGGUUUGUGAAAUUUCUGUUUUGGAAGAUUCUUGUUUAUUGAAAAAGCAUGAGGAGUCAAGUUCAUAUUCAUCUAGACUGUCAAGGAAAGGUAAACGAAAUAGUGGCAAUGAAGUUAAAGAGGAGUCAAGUUCAUAUUCACCUAGACUGUCAAGGAAAGGUAAAAGAAAUACUGGCAAUGAAGUUAAUGAGGAGUCAAGUUCAUAUUCAUCUAGACUGUCAAGGAAAGGUAAAAGAAAUAGUGGCAAUGAAAUUAGUACUGCGGCUAGACGUUCCCGUAAAGAAAGAAGGGUUGUGAAAUAUGAUGAUGAAGGGGUUUUGGACCCUAUAAUUUUGGAUUUAAGCACAGAUGAUGAGCUCUCCAGAAUGGAUAGGCUACAUACUGAAGCUGCAGCUACCUCUACCCUUCCUGGCCGGGUCAAUGUUGACAACAUUCAAGAAAACAGUGAAGGACUUGAUGCUGGAUUAUGCCGUCAAAGUAGAACUAUCGAUAGAAGUUCAGAUGGCAUUGAGCAGACCAGAAGUUCAACUUUGUCUAUAGAAGAUCCCUUUCCUGUGACACAAACAUCAGUAGAUUUAUGUUCCAGUGCUGCUGAAAAGUUCAACGAUGGUGAUCCAGUAGAUAACUCUGAUGACUUACCUACUUCAAAUGAGUUGUCAUGUGUUAUAUGUUUCACAGAUUUCAGCUCAACAAGGGGGAUUUUAGCGUGUGGACAUCGAUUUUGUUUUAAGUGCAUCCAGGAUUGGGUCGAUCGCAGAAUUGCAAUGGGGAAAAUUUCAAACUGUCCUUUGUGCAAGGCAAGUAUUACAAUGAUCAAGAAAGUUGAGCAUGCAGCCACCACUGAUCAAAAAGUAUACUCCCAGUCAAUUCCAUGUGACUACACAAGCUCAGAUAUUUUUAUCCCCAUGGAACAAGAAUUUCCACACAAUAACUUAGAGGCAGGUGCUUGUGUAAUUUGCCGUGGGCGAGAACCUGAGGAUCUACUUGAGAAUUGUGAUGUUUGUCGAACUCGAAGAAUUCAUUCCUAUUGCAUGGACCCUCCUUUACGUCCUUGGACAUGCAGUUCCUGCAAGGAACUUCGAAUGCUUUAUCGUAACCACUCAUAUUAGUAAAGCAAGUUUGUAUCGAUUAUUGCAACUCAUGGAACACCCAAGCGUCUGUAGUUAAAUGCUGUUAUAAGAACAUAGCAUGUAUGAAAUGAAUUGUGAUUGUGGGGAUAAAUUUAGGUGAAUGUUCAUCCGCGUCUAUUAUUUGUUGAAAAGAUGUAAAAAAAAAAAAAAAACACUAUCAAAACAUGCUAUCGGCAGUGUAUGUAACUAAAUUUUUCACUUCCGAAACUUCCUUCCGGUAAA